AGCCCAGUGCUGCAACAAGCAGCACAGCACCCAUUCCUAAUACAAUACAAUACAAUUUGACCAUAAUCUUCACUACAUCGGAGACCAGUUGCUGCCUGAGUGGCAGCAGUGCACCUUAAUUACCAUUACCAUUUGACCAUAAAAAAUGUUGAGCCAAACGCAGCUACAAUUCUAUAAAGACAACGGGUACCUCUUGUUGGAUGAGGUGUACACGACAGCCGAAAUCGACGAAUGUUCUUUAGAAUAUGAUGAGAUUUUCGCACUGAAAAAGAAUUCGGAACUAGAGGCUACAUGGAGAGGCGAUUGGAAGGAUGAAGCGUCGCCAACACAGCUUUUUUCCAUCCACAGUCUCCAAAAUCAUGCUGCAAUUUUUACUAGGAUGCUUUUGAAAGACAGAUGAGAGAACUGAAAUAAUAAUAGACUGAUUACCAUCGGGUACAGGUUCAGCAUUUCCUAUGCACCAAGAUUAUCAGUAUUUUCCUUACAAGAAGGAUACUUUGGUAGCUGUUUUUAUCCACUUGGAUGACACAAGUAUGGAAAAUGGUGGAUUAGCUGUUUAUCCUGGUUCUCAUCACCUUGGUCCAUUAGAAGACAGAGGCAACAUUCCUGGCUGGCAUUAUGUCGAUCAAGAUAAGUUUCCGAUCGAGAAAGCAACGCCAGUUAACGCAAAGCGAGGGCAAGUCGUCAUUUUUUCGUAUCUACUUGUACAUGGCAGCUAUCCCAACACGUCUGAUAGCGUUCGACGAAUGCUGCUCUUUCAGAUGAUGUCAGCUCACGACGAAAAACUUAGGGAAACCCAUCGCUCCCCAUGCCAAGGAAUGGUUCUGAGGGAAGAAAUCCGCAUGCAGAAGCCAACAUAAAAAAACGGCACGAAGAAUGCUGAGUGCAGUGUAAUCGUGGAGUAUACUUGUUAGAUUUGUAUUAUAUUAUUAAUUUUGGGUCUUGCGAAAUGAAUUACAAAUUUAUUUAAAAAAAACGUACCUGUACGUCUCCGAAAAUAUGUACAGUGGUCUAAAUAAAAGACCGUGGCCCAA